AUGCUACUCUUCCCUCACCAACAUACUAGGUUCCGAUCACCAAGGUAUUCGUUAAAAGAUUCCCCAUCUCAAUCCAGUUAUCAGCAGCAUGUUCCAAGUCAUGCUGUCUGUGGUGGCAGUGACAGUGCCGGUGAUUCCAAUCCCUCUUUGCAAUCACCUACGUUUAGUACAGGGAACUCUCUUAAUCCAACGCAAGGCAAUCAAAAUCCUACGUCCACUCCCAUACCUCCCUUUGGUUACCCCACCCCAUCCUUCUUGUGCCCCUGCGCUUCAUAUGGAUGGUGCCCUACGGCACCGAAUACAUCAAUUCAACCCAUCGUUGCUGCUGCUGCUGCUGCUGCCGCCGCAGCUGCAGCUAUGACAGUUACUGCCUCUACUGUUUGUUCGUCAUCAACCCUGAACAUGCUGGAGAGUAGAGGCACAGUAUCCACAACAAGCGGGUCUUCCCAACCCAUGCAUCUCUCUUCCAAUCAAUAUAGUGUUAACAAUGCAAACAAUACGCUUAGCAAACAAAUCGGAGCGUUCGGAGGUUUUGGGACUACUGAAUCAAAGACACCUUCAGGUGUCUCGGUACCCCAGCUGAACCCUACAGCCUCGGUCUCUGAGUUAGUGAAUGCGCCUUUUCUUGCCACUGCUAGACUUAACCUACCCUUUCUCACUCCAUCUUAA